CGACGCCUGCUUGCCAGCUUUUGCCGGAAGGGAUCGUGGCUGACAUGGCGGAGGUCCUGCAGGGUGGCGGUGCGGGUGGCCCAAAGCACCCAGUCCCCAGUGCGAGUCACAGCAGCUUUCCAGAGUACGAGCUUCCAGAGUUGCACACGCGCGUGUUCCACGUGGGCGCCUUUGGGGAGCUGUGGCGCGGCCGGCUAGGGGCCCGGGAUUUGUCGCUGAGCGAACCUCAGGCAGCCGCGCAGCCGACGGACGGAGGGGCAUCCAACGACGGCUUUGAGGAUGCUGCAGUAGCCGGCGAUCUGGGCUGCAGUCUAGAGGCGGCGGCAGAGCUGAGGGUUGUGUGCGGCCUUGAUAAACUGAGAUGCCUCGGUGAAGAUGAAGACCCAGAAGUCAUCCCAGAGAACACUGACUUAGUGACUUUAUGUGCAAGGAAGGGGAUCUUGGACUAUCGGGAAGAAAACAUCACAAUAGAUCGCGCCUGUAGACAAGAGACAUUUGCUUAUGAAAUGGAAUCUCAUGCACUAGGGAAAAAACCUGAAAAUCCAGAAGACAUGAUUGAAGAAGGAGAGUUUAUCCUAUCUGUGAACAUCUUAUAUCCUGUUAUAUUUAAUAAGCACAAAGAGCACAAACCAUACCAGACCAUGUUGGUACUGGGCAGUCAGAAGCUCACACAACUGAGAGAUGCAAUUUGCUGUGUCAGUGACCUCCAGAUUGGUGGAGAAUUCAGCAGCGCUCCAGACCAAGCCCCUGAGCACAUCAGCAAAGACCUAUACAAGUCCGCUUUUUUUUAUUUUGAAGGAACAUUUUAUAAUGACAGAAGAUACCCUGAAUGCAGAGACCUGAGCAGAACUAUUAUAGAGUGGUCAGAGUCCCAUGAUCGAGGAUAUGGAAAAUUUCAGACCGCUAGAAUGGAAGAUUUCACAUUUAAUGACUUGCACAUUAAACUUGGCUUUCCUUACUUAUAUUGUCACCAGGGAGACUGUGAGCAUGUUGUUGUCAUCACAGACAUAAGGCUUGUACAUCAUGACGACUGCUUGGACAGAACACUUUAUCCCCUUCUUACCAAGAAGCAUUGGCUAUGGACCAGAAAAUGUUUUGUCUGUAAGAUGUAUACAGCUAGAUGGGUGACGAACAAUGACACCUUUGCACCAGAGGAUCCAUGUUUCUUUUGUGAUGUUUGCUUCAGAAUGCUCCACUAUGAUUCCGAAGGCAACAAACUAGGGGAAUUCCUCGCUUAUCCUUAUGUUGACCCAGGAACCUUUAAUUAGUAACACUAAUAUAUACAUUUUUUCCUACUACAGUUUAGUUAAUACAUUAUUUAUUACAAGGGGUUGUUAUGGCUUUUUACUUAAGUUGUUUAUAUUAUGGAGAUGUAGAAAUGCUUUUUUGUAUUUUGAAUAUAUAAACCUUGUCAGAAACACAACUUCUGAUUCUUUUCUCCGAGUCCUAUGCAUUCUGUACCCUGAAUGGAUUUUGCUAAUGGUAGCAUGCAGUUAAUAAUGCAUCACGUAUGGUAGUCUUUUAAAAGAAAUCUUUGAAGGAUGUGAGAGCUACAGCUUCUACUGUGAAGCUUCCAAGGUAAAGACCCUUCAAAUAUCUGUAGUAAGAAGAAAUUAAAAACAAAUUAUUUGGUAAGCAACACAAAAUCACGAGUAGUUACAAUUUAACAUUGGGCUCUUAUAUUUUGAAAGCAGACAUUAGGCACAUGAUAUGACAAUGAAUCUAAGUCACACUCACAGUAUUGGUGAGGGCGUGUUCCUUGACAGUCACAGAGAUAGAUGGACUGAGUUCAGAAUAUCAGUUAAGGCACAGCUGGAGAAAACACUGGCGGACUCCACGUCGCCACGGACAUACCAUGAAGCAUGGCUCACUUUCACAAGACUACUACUGUUGGUCAGGGAACAAUUGCUAAGAAGAAAAGCUCUUUCCUGGCUCAGCUCUUCCCACUCGUCUGCCCCCGUAUUAUAGCAAAGGCUUCUCAUUCUGAGCUAUAGAAACAGAACACUUCUAAACAAAUCUAUCAAAAUAUUUUGUGGAAACUUUUGGGGUAGAAAAUUAUAUGACUUUGAACUAUUACUUUCUCUGUCCUAGGUUUAAAUUAAAUUCAGCCGAAUCCUACAUUUCUCUGGAUGGCUAAGAACAAUUUAUCAUAUAAAUAAACCAAUGAAGCCUAAACAUCUGUUUAAAAGAUUUUGAAGUUUAAAAGAAGGUGAAGCACGUUUCAUGGAUGUAAAUGUUACAAAUCCAAUUAUGGCGACUGACAUGGAGCUGACAAGCGCCUGCUUGUGGGUCUCAAGCUACAAUUUUGCUAUUUGCAUAUUCUCUGACCAGUGGAAUAAAACUCGUUCAUUGAAGCCCUUGCUCUACAUACAGGAUGGCAGACCUGUCUUCACCUGGCAUCUUUACUCAGGUUUGUGUAAAGGCCCCCAGGCUCAUACCUGUGAGUGCUCAGUCAUCAAGGAGUGCAACUACCUGAGAAGAACUAGAAGCUGGGGCCUCCUUGGAAGUGCAUCCCUGAGGGGUGGACUUCGGGAUUCCAAAAGCCCACAGGAGGGCCUGUGUCUCUCUGCCUGCCUGCACAUCUGGACACAGAACUCUUGCUAAUUCUCCAGCACCAUGUUUCCCCCAUAAUGAUAAUGGGCUAAGCCUUUGAAACUGUAAGCAAGCGACUAUUAAAUGUUUUUGUUUUGUUUUGUUUUUUGAAAUUAA